ACCCGACAUCUGCACCCGUUCGACGGCGGCGAGUGCGCCGACUCGACGUCGUGGAAGGCAACAAAGGGGGGGGUCACGUGCGCGAACCUCCUCGACGGCAUUACCAAGAGCAAGAAGGUGACGAAGCAGUGCAAGCUCAAGUCCGCGGACGGCGUCGAGGCCCGCGACGCGUGCCAAGUGACGUGCGACCGGUGCCCCGAGUGCAAAGACUCCGGGAACUUCUUCGUCGGCGCGGCCAAGUUCAACAGCUACAAGACCUGCGCCUGGGUCGGCGAGGACCGCGCGGGCCGCUGCGGCCUCGUCGGCCAGAAGGACGGCGACGAGUACGCCGCCUGGGAGAUGUGCCCCGCGGCGUGCCACCUGUGCGAGCGCGAGUGCGCGGACGACCUCGCGUGGAACCCGAAGAAGUACGCCAAGAGCAAGGCGUUCAAGAACGACAAGAUGGACGACCUCGACGACGAGGCGACGGGCAACGGCUGCGCGUGGGUCGCCGACAAGCUCGACGAGUACGAUUAUUCGUUCGCCGCGACCGCGCACUUCUGCAACAUCAGGGGCGGGCCGGGGACGGGGAAGAAGCCCCAGAUCGUCGACGCCUACGACGCCUACGAGGGGUGCGCCAAGACCUGCGGCAACUGCCACGAGGCCUUCCCGACGCCCGCGCCGUCGGUCUCGCCGACGCCCGCGCCGUCCUACUCGCCGACGCCCGAGCCCACGGUCUCCCCCACGCCCGCGCCGUCCUACUCGCCGACGCCCGAGCCGUCGGUCUCGCCGACGCCCGCGCCGUCCUACGCGCCGACGCCCGCGCCGUCGGUCUCGCCGACGCCCGCGCCGUCGCCCGAGCCCACGGUCUCCCCCACGCCCGCGCCGUCCUACUCGCCGACGCCCGCGCCGUCGCCCCGGCCGACGACGUGGUCCUACUCCUACUCCUACAUCGGCCCGACGACGUUUCCGACGAAGGAAGGGGGGGCUCCGUCGGGCUCCGUGCAGUGCGGCGGCGCCGACGACUUCUGCGACUGCAAGGGCGACUGCGUCAACAACGACCAGUGGUGCCA